AUGGCAUCUACUCUCGUUGUACUUAUUCUUGGAGCCGGCCCCAGAGUCGGAGCUGGAGUUGCUAGAGAAUUCUCCAAAAUCGGCUAUAAGGUAGCUCUUGUGUCUAAGUCGGGUUCCGACAGCACAACAAGUGAAGGCUAUCUGUCGCUCAAAGCAGACCUUGCCGAUCUCAACACCGUUCCAGGAAUUUUUCAAAGAGUUUAUAAUGAAUGGAAGGCUCCGCCCAGUGUUGUUAUCUGGAAUGCCGGAGCACGAACGGUCCCUCCGGUAGAUGACGAUAUGUUUUCUCUUGCACAAGAAAGCCUUGUUCGAGACAUCAACAUCAAUGCCCUCGGUCCUUACGUCGCCGCACAACAAGCCGUCGACGGGUGGAAAACUCUAGCUGAAGGGGCAAAGAAGACCUUCAUCUACACCGGGAACAAGAUGAACAUCCAACCCCUAUCUGUGCCAGCUACUGCCACUCUGGGCAUGGGCAAGUCAGCAUCUUCAUACUGGAUCAGUCUCGCCGACAAUUUGUACCAGGGCAAGGGAGCUCGGUUCUUCUAUGCUGAUCAGCGCCAAGCUGAUGGAAAUAUGGGCGGGAUGGGACUCGAUGGUGAUGCACAUGGGCAGUUUUUUGUGCAGCUCGCUCAGCAGGAGAAAGAUAUCCCCUGGCUUGCCACCUUUGUUCCUGGGACCGGCUAUGUGAAGUUUUGA